AUGAAAUUUAUAACAAUAUUUUGGAUAUUUUUAAUAAUAAAUAAUGUUAUUUCGUACCUUCAAUCAGAAACCUCAGAACUUCUUAAUCAACUUUUAAGUGAUUAUGAUAAACGUAUACGACCAUAUGCUGAUGAUGGAAUUCCAGUAAAAAUUGAUAUGACAAUUGUAUUAGGAAUAUUAACUGAAAUUAGAGAAAAUCAACAAGUUGCUAGUUUUGUUAUAAGUCAUUAUCAAAAAUGGCAGGAUCCUAAAUUAACAUGGGAUCCUAGUGAAUAUGGAAAUAUAAAGCAAAUUGUCAUUCCUCAAUCAUAUCUUUGGGUACCAAAACUAUUUAUUUAUAAUAGUAUGGAUACAAAAGAUAUGUUAGGAGAUAACAAAUACGACGUUAGAGUUCAACAUACGGGUCAUGUUAAGCUGAACAUUCCUCAAUUUGUAACUUGUAUUUGUCGUUUGUCUAUUGAACUAUUUCCUUUUGAUACACAAUUUUGUGCUAUUGCUUUAGCAUCACCAUUAAUGACAACAAGUGAAUUAAAAAUAAAUGUUACUGAUCCUCCACCAGACACUUAUUUUUCAGGAAAUGCAGAAUGGUUACUUCUUGGUGUAACAGUAAGAAAUUUGGCUUUUACUGAAGAUGGUGAAGAAAGACCAGAAAUAUUAUAUAUAAUAUCAUUAAAAAGGAGACCAAUUUAUUAUCUCACUGUUAUUGUUGCUCCUACAUUUUUAAUUUCAGCAUUAAGUAUAUUGGGAAUUUUCUCACCCGGCACUAAUGAUGGUCCAAGAAAUGAAAAGGUAUCAUUAGGCUUGGGAAGUUUACUUGCAAUGACUGUAUUAUUAGAUAUUGUUGCUGGUGCAAUGCCUAAAUCAAAUUCAAUACCACUUCUUGGAUAUUAUAUAAUAGCUGUUAUAAUAUUAUGUGCUGUUGCUGUGGCAGUAUCAAUGGCAUUAUUAGCAUUAAGUAGACAUUUUAUUCAAACACAAGAACUUCCAUCAACUUUUGCUUAUCGUGUUCUUUGGAUGAUGCCUAAACGUAGACCGGUAGACUAUUGGGAGACAGAUCAUAAUGAUGAAGAAACAAAAAUUGUUUUACCAAAAUAUUCUGAUUUAAUUGCAAUUUUUAAUCAAAUACGUCAUAUCUCACUUGCACAAAUACGAUUUAGAAAAAAAUUAGAAAAACAACAAAUGCAUUCAUUGAUUGAAAAAGAAUGGAACAAAUUAUUUAGUCGUUUUGAUUAUUUUUUUCUUUUUGUCUUCCAGUCAUUAAAUCUUAUAAUUUUAGCAUUAUUUUUACGUAAUGCUUACUCGCCAAUACCUACUGUCCCUGAUGACUUUGCUGUAUAA